CAAAAAACUGCAUCGGUUUAUACAAAGCAGCCCCUUGUUUGUUGGGAUUUUGAUGGACUUAUGACCAUAAGGAAACUUGGGAAAAUAAGCAUAUUUCUUUGACAAGCUCAAGGCUAACAUUUACCCUUAGACCAAAUCCACACAUUGAGCUAUAUUCUCUUCAGAGAGUUUCUACUCAUCUUAGAAUUCCUGAGAUGACAUUCUGUUAAGGUCUUUGAAGAAGCAAUCAUGAAAUUACAAUCAGUCUUUCGGAUUUUUAAAAUACCACAAAGUUACAAGUACACAAGUCCUUCUAGAAUUUCUAAAUAUGAAGGAUUCAGGAGUCUCAUGUCAGGCCCUUCACAGCACUUUGUUUCAUCAGACUCAGUGCAAGUUCUUGGUCAACUCUACUCUCAAGACAACUAUACUAAUGUGACCAACAGAAUCUUGUCAAAAGUGGGUAAAAAUCUACACAACCAAAAACAUCACCCUUUGUGGAUUAUUAAAGAACGUAUUAAAGACCACUUCUAUAAGCAGUACGUUGGACGCUUUGGAACACCACUCUUUUCUGUUCACGAUUGUCUUUCUCCUGUGGUUACUGUAGAACAGAAUUUUGACAGUCUUUUGAUUCCCCUCGAUCAUGCAAGCAGAAGAAAAGGUGAUAACUAUUAUGUAAAUGAGAAGCAUAUUUUAAGAUCGCACACAUCUGCUCACCAGAGAGACUUAAUCCUUUCUGGCCUUGAUGCCUUUCUGAUUGCUGGUGAUGUUUAUAGACGAGAUGAGAUUGACAGCAGUCACUAUCCAGUUUUUCACCAAAUGGAGGGUGUGCGUAUCUUUUCAAAACAUGAGCUGUUUUCAAGUGUCACAAAUGGAGAGGAACUUUGCUUAUUUGAGAGUGGUAUCCGUACUGUAGAGAAACAAGAACAUCAUACUCUGGAAGCAGUAAAGCUAGUUGAAUUCAAUUUAAAGCAGACUCUCAGCAAACUUAUGUCACAUCUCUUUGGGGAAGAAAUUGAAAUCAGAUGGGUUGAUUGUUAUUUUCCAUUUACUCAUCCUUCAUUUGAAAUGGAAAUCAAGUUUCAAGGAAAUUGGUUGGAGGUUCUAGGAUGUGGUGUGAUGGAGCAGGAGCUUGUCAAUUCAGCUGGUGCUCAUAACAAGAUAGGAUGGGCAUUUGGCUUGGGACUGGAACGACUUUCAAUGAUCUUGUAUAACAUCCCAGAUAUCCGGCUCUUUUGGAGUGAGGAUGAGCGUUUCCUGAAGCAAUUCAAUGUUCCACAUAUUGACCAAAAAGUUAUCUUUCAGCCACUGAGCAAGUACCCACCACUGGUCAAUGACAUCUCUUUUUGGUUGCCACGUAAAGGAUUCUCCGAAAAUGACUUUUUGGAUUUAGUACGCACAGUUGGAGGAGACUUGGUGGAAAAGGUGUCUCUCAUUGACUGUUUUACUCAUCCAAAGACAAAAGAAGUCAGCAACUGCUAUCGUAUCACUUACCGUCACCCAGAGAGAACCUUAACCCAAGAAGAAGUGCGAAUUGUCCACAAAGCAAUUGAAAAUGGAGCUGAACAAGAACUUGGCGUUAAGGGAAGAUUUUGAAGCUAAGCAUGCGGUGCCAGUGAGAGAUGUUUGCCAUUCUCAAGUUUAUUCUGACAUUUUGCAGAUCCAGUGCUUUGACCUCUAAUAAAAUCUUUACUUUUGA